AUGCAACACCAUGUAAAGAGUAAGGUUUUUUUUUUUCAUUUUGAAAAACCCUAUGUUUGACAUGGUGAGUGAGAGGAGACUGUGUUCUGAGACUAAGAUUGUUCGUCUGUUAUGGCAUUCGACUUGAAAGUGGAGAAACCGAGAAAAAAGACUACUACGGCUAAUGAUGAGGAGCUUAUUGAGCUUAAAUUUCGCAUUUAUGAUGAGACAGAUAUAGCACACAAUACUUACACAUCAUCUAUGACUGUUGCAAAUCUUAAGCAAAAGAUUGUUGCUGAGUGGCCUCGAGAGAAAACAGUCACACCAAAGUCAAUAAAUGAUCUGAAACUUAUACAUGCUGGUAAAGUUCUUGAAAACAACAAAACACUCGCUGAUUUCAGGAUAACAUUUGAUGAACUUCCUAUCGAUUUCAUUAUAAUGCAUGUGGUAGUGCAGCUAGCUACAACAAAAAAGAAAACAGAAAAGAGCAAGGAGGAUGUGCAAAAGCUGAAUUCGUGCGGGUGUGUUAUUCUUUAA